CCCAUCAAUCCUUCUUCUUCUUCAGAUCCAAUAAAAACAAAAGAGGAGAAAAAAUUAAUAAUCAUAGCAAUGGGAAAGAGCAGCCCAUGGGUGGCGGUUUUGGUGUUGUUGUGUCUCUCCGUGGCGGCGAUGGCGGAGGAUCCCUACGUUUUCUUCGAGUGGAAAGUGACGUACGGCACCAUCUCCCCCUUUGGUGUCCCCCAACAAGCGAUUCUCAUCAACGGUCAAUUGCCGGGUCCUAAGAUCAACUGCACAUCUAAUAACAACAUUGUUAUUAAUGUGUUUAACGAGCUGGAUGAGCCUUUGCUGUUGACCUGGAACGGUAUCCAGCACCGCAAGAAUUCUUGGCAAGAUGGGAUGCCCGGAACUAUGUGCCCUAUCAUGCCCGGAACCAACUUAACCUAUCAUUUCCAGGUGAAGGAUCAAAUCGGCUCCUACUUCUACUUCCCCUCCACCGGCAUGCUAAAAGCCGCGGGUGGUUACGGCGCACUCACCAUUCACAGCCGUCCACUUAUCCCUGUCCCCUUCGACUGGCCCGCCGAAGAGUACCACAUCUUUCUCAGUGAUUGGUACAGUAAGGGCCACAAGGGACUUAAGAAACUCCUCAGCGAAGGCCGAUCUAUUGCCAGGCCUAGCGGGGUCCUUAUUAACGCCAAGCACGGCAACGUGGGGGACAAGCUUGAGCCCAUUGCCACCAUGGAGGCCGGAAAGACCUACAGGUUUAGGGUUUGCAAUGUGGGGUUGAGGACCUCUAUUAACUUCCGCUUCCAAGGCCACUCCAUGAAGCUUGUUGAGCUUGAAGGCGCCCACACUGUCCAGAACGAUUACGACUCCAUGGACUUGCACGUAGGACAUUGUCUCGCAGUCCUCGUCACGGCUGACCAAGAGCCUAAAGAUUAUUACUUGGUGGCCUCCAGUAGGUUCUUCAAGGAGCAAUACACCAGCGUGGCUCUCAUUAGCUACGCCAAUGGCAAGGGCGUCCCUGCCUCGUCCGAGCUCCCCAAGCCCCCACCUGAAGGCACCGAGGGCAUCGCUUGGUCCAUUAACCAGUUCCGAUCAUUCAGGUGGAACUUGACCGCUAGCGCGGCCCGCCCCAAUCCUCAAGGCUCCUACCAUUACGGUCAGAUUGAGAUCACCCGCACCAUCAAGUUAGUGAGCAGCAAGAGCCACGAGGGGGACAAAGUCCGGUACGCCCUCAACGGCAUCUCCCAUGUCGACGGUGACACCCCGUUGAAGCUCGCCGAGUACUACCAAGUCCCGGAGAAAGUUUUCAAGUACAACAUCAUGAGCGACACCCCACCGGCGGACCUUACCAAGGUCACCGUGGCCCCUAACGUUGUGAACGCCACCUUCCGCAAUUUCGUGGAAAUCAUCUUUGAGAAUCACGAGAAGACCAUCCAGAGUUACCACAUCGACGGCUACGCGUUCUUUGCGGUGGCCAUCGAGCCAGGGAAGUGGUCACCCGAGAAGAGAAAGAAUUACAACCUGGUGGACGCGGUGAGUCGUCAGAACAUCCAAGUCUACCCCGGCUCUUGGGCCGCCAUCAUGACCACCCUUGACAACGCUGGAAUGUGGAAUGUGAGGUCACAAAUGUGGGAGAGGUUUUUCUUGGGACAACAAUUCUAUUUCAGCGUCCUCUCCCCUGGACGCUCUCUUAGAGAUGAGUACAAUCUUCCAGAGAACCAAGCACUAUGUGGUAUAGUCAAGACCAUGGCCAAGCCAGCUCCAUACACCCUCUAAUUUACUAAAUUUUCAUAAUUCCGUAUUAUAUAUAUAUAUAUAAUAUACCCCCGCAGGAGUAUUUCAAAAGCCACGCAAAUGGAGGGGUUAGAGCUUAGAAUGAUCUGUGAUGAGUAGCUAGCUUGAAUUGAAUUUGGAGUUAAAGAUGUAUUAAUUUAUGUAAUCCCAUUUCCUUUAUGUUAUGUUGAAUAAAGAGUAUAAAAAAAAGUUUUUAUUUC